GGGAAAACGGGGGGCUAAAGCCGUGGGUUUGCGGCUAAUGAAGGGAAGACACGCUAGCCAUCUCUGCUUUGGGAUUGACAUAAGGACGAGGAUGGCUCCAUGAUUCGCUGCACGUCUCGUCGCUCAUAGUGUCGUCCAGUCACCUACGCCCAUGCGUAUGGCUCCCAUGUCGUCUUCUUCUUUUUCGACUUCUGGCUACUCGACGCCCGCACUCUCCAUGGGAGGCUCAAGCGCUCGCACAUCGAGGAACAGCUCGGUGUCGCCCACUUCUCUCCGGUGAAUGCACGCGUGCGGGCGUGUGUGUACCUUUCGCAGUCGUGAGCUCACACCCUCGUCCCUUCGCAGCCACUCCGGCGCCCACCGUAGGCAAGGAUCUCUCGGCCUCUCAUCCUCCUCCUGGGUCUCCAUGCUCCAGCAGCACCAGGCGGAGCAACGCGAGCCAGAAGCUGUCACGCAGAGCGACUCGAACAAUUCAGAAGCCCUCCUCGAGCUCGUGGCCUCAGGUCAGAUCUCCCUCGAGGCCGUACUCGCCUUUCCCGUCAAUUGGGUCAAUCUUGUCGCGGACAAAGAAGCGAGGAGGCAGGAGAAGCAGCGCCAGAGCCAUCCCACUGCAGCUAUCUCGACCAGUGCCCACCGCACCGAUCAGCAGCCUCAGCGAAAGAGGCAGCGCCGCCCUGCGUCGGUGCCUACGGACGGAAACGGUGCAGGACCAUCCACCUCGGCGAGGCAGCGCAACGUCAUGCAUCGCCCUCGACACGCCUGCAAUGGUCCUGUCAGUGGCACCAGCGCAAGCUUGACGGUCAUGAGCCCGACUCUUUCGGAAGUAUCCUCCUUCUCGACACCUGCUGCACCUUCAACCCGUGCCGUCUCUCCCUUUGGCUCCAUGGUGCUUGACGAUGAGCUUCGACAGACCAGCCGACCGGCAUUGAACAGCAUUUUCUCCUCCCUCUCCCCCUUCGAGCCGGAACGCAAGCUCACCAUCUUGGAGCGACGUCGUCUCGCAAAGCAAGAGCGCCUUCAAGGGGCCUCUCGCGGGCCAGAUCCUUGCGAAUCGCCUUGGCUCCACUCUUGGUCGCACAGCUGGGUGACCACCCUACCGCCUGCUUCGCCAUUGGCUGUCGCAACGCAGCGCAAGGGCAGCGUCGACGCGGCGUACAAUCUUGUGCUAGAGCUGCCCAAGCUGUCGUUCACCGCCGUAGCCGCGGCGCAGGCCGUCGCGGAUCAGCAAGCGGCAGUGCUCCCUCCAUUGCCGAGGGGAGUGACCGUAGCUGCAGGGCCUGACGAUCGGAUCACCGUGGCGGGGCUCUAGCUAGCCCGGCGUGCUUUCCUCGUUGCCUUUCACGGCCUUAUCAUUCUAGUGCUUCUCCUACUUGAUAAUGACGAUUUCUUUCCUUCCUUUGACGUAGUCUAAGUCACGAGGAUCGAGCAACCAACGUCGAGUCU